AUGGAUUUGCGGGAAGCAGUAGAGCGUUUGAGACGCAUUGCAGCAAGAAGUAUGGAUGAUGAUCGUUUGCAAAUCGUGGAGAUCGCUGAUGACGAGGACUCACGUGAAGCUUUUGCACGUCCUCCUGAAAGUGACGAAAACGAAGAACAAGAUGAUAUGCUUGCGGCAGUUUUAAACGAACUUGUGGAUCGAACUUGUGAAUCACAUACGACCAGUCGUGAACUAAUCACAGAACCACUACGCCGACCAGUCAGCGUACUGGCAGAGCCACGUCGUGUUCCUCCCUUACGUUUACGUCUUCCUCGAAGUCGUGAGCAAAGGAAGCGUUGUUCUGGCAGAAGGCAUGCAUAUUCUCCACCAUUGCCCGGUGUUCGAUCGCUACAAGUGGAACAAAAGAAAAAGCGCGCAGCUGAACUGUCAGUGAGUUCGAGCAGGGAUUCAGGAAGACUUUUUAAAAGGUACUGCGUACUGAAAUGUUUCCCUUCUCACAUAAAUGUGUGUUGGUAUGAGUUGUUUGCCACAGGAAAUUCGAUAGUGGCGAGGAUAUCUGUGAAGCUAUGUGGCCUGCGGCAUCCCUAGUU